GGGAGGGUCUUGCAGUCUCAUUCAUUUGUAGGGAUUUGUCGUCCCUCGUAUAGCUGCUCCGGUAACAAGCCAACCAGCAGACGGCGAAAGAAAGAGGAAGUGAAAACAUCAGCUCUAUAUGUGCGCAGGGAGAGAGCGAAAACACACUACCGACUGUCUGCCUGUGACACAAACUCCGAACAUCAGCGCUUUGUAGGAGAAGUCCCCUCGCUUUAUCAGGCUUGGAUGAGAUCUCUCCACGGUGAGAGGUCAAGCCGUCUGCAGCCAUGCCCCCCCCUGCAGACAUCGUGAAGGUGGCUAUAGAAUGGCCCGGAGCUUUCCCCAAACUGAUGGAGAUAGACCAGAAAAAGCCUCUCUCCGCCAUCAUUAAGGAAGUGUGUGAGGGGUGGUCUCUGGGGAACCCAGAGAACUUCGCUCUCCAGAAUGCUGAGAACACCGUCUUCUACAUCACAGAGAAGAAUCGUAACGACAUAAAGAAUGGCUCCAUUCUGCGUCUGACAACAUCUCCUUCCCAGACUGCGCUGAAGCUGCACGAGCGUGUCCAGUCGUCCAGUAUGGACGCCAAGCUGGAGGCCCUGAAGGACUUGGCCAGCUGCUCCAGAGACGUCACCUUCGCUCAGGAGUUCAUCAACCUGGACGGCAUCUCACUGCUCACUCAGAUGGUGGAGAGCGGCACGGAGCGCUAUCAGAAACUACAGAAGAUUAUGAAGCCCUGCUUCGGAGACCUGCUGUCCUUCACACUGACCGCCUUCGUGGAGCUCAUGGACCAUGGGAUCGUCUCCUGGGACACCUUCUCUGUGGCCUUCAUCAAGAAGAUCGCCAGCUUCGUGAACAAGUCGGCCAUGGACUUGGCGGUGCUGCAGAGGUCUCUGGCCAUCCUGGAGUCCAUGGUGCUCAACAGCCAGGACCUCUACCAGAAGGUGGCGCAGGAGAUCACCAUCGGACAGCUCAUCCCACACCUGCAGGGGAGCGACCAGGACAUCCAGACCUACACCAUCGCUGUGAUCAACGCUCUGUUCCUCAAAGCCCCUGAGGAGAAGAGACAGCUUGACGAGCACUCUGUGAGCAUCCUUGAUUGUCCGCUGACAGAGAUGGCCCACAUCCUAGCCCAGAAGCAGCUACGCUCCAUCAUCCUCAGUAGUCUCUCUCUCCCUCUCUCUUUUUAUUGCUCCCCCUCUCUCUCUAUCCCUCCCUCCUCCUCCCCUCUCUCCCUUCCCUCCCUCCCCUCUCUCCCUCCCCAGGUUAUGCAGGUGGUGAAGGAACAGAUUGUUCGAGCUCUCACUCUCAAGCCUAAUUCCCUGGACCAGUUCAAGAGUCGUCUGCAGAACCUGAGUUACACGGAGAUCCUGAAGAUCCGCCAGUCAGAGAGGAUGAACCAGGAGGACUUUCAAUCCCGUCCCAUCCUGGAGCUGAGGGAGAAGAUCCAGCCAGAGAUCAUGGAGCUGAUCAAGCAGCAGAGGCUGAACAGGCUGUGUGACGGAACCUGCUUCAGGAAGAUCAGCACCCGCAGGAGACAAGAUAAGUUCUGGUUCUGUCGUCUGUCUCCGAACCACAAGGUUCUCCACUACGGAGACCUGGAGGAGAGCCCCCAGGGGGAGGUGCCCCAUGACUCUCUGCAGGACAAACGACCCGUGGCUGACAUCAAAGCUGUGGUCACUGGCAAGGACUGUCCCCACAUGAAGGAGAAGGGAGCACUCAAGCAGACAAGGUGUAUUCUAGAGCUGGCGUUCUCUGUCCUCUACGAGUCUGACGAGUAUUUAAACUUCAUCGCUCCUGACAAGCACGAGUACUGUGUGUGGACAGACGGUCUGAACGCCCUCCUGGGGAAGGAGAUGACCAGCGAGCUCACCAAGUCAGACAUGGACACCCUGAUCUCCAUGGAGAUGAAGCUCCCUCUAGACCUGGAGAACAUCCAGAUCCCCGAGGCCCCGCCCCCCAUCCCCAAAGAGCCUAGCAACUAUGACUUUGUUUAUGACUGUAACUAAGCAACCCGCCGAGCAACACAACCCAGCAACCCGGCCCACCUGCUGUACUGAACCAACUGUCCUUCGGAUCCACAACCCGGGAAAUAACAAAAAUAAACGGUUGACCAUGAAAAAGUUUGAAGGAGAACCAGGAAGUGAUGAAGGGUUUCCCUCUCUGCUACUUUCUAAACUUCCUCUUAGAGAAAACGGGUGCCGCCCCUCAGUAAACUGGCCAAUAGGAGCCCUCUUCCCUCAAUGGACAGGAAGUAGGAAGUGAAUGUCGGAUGCUCAAUGUUUGUUCUUCUAUACUUUCCACCCCCUGUUCAAUGUCAUUCACCUGCCUCUGUCCUCCCUCUCUCUCUCCCCAGUCCUCCCCUCUCUCCCUCCCCCUCUGCCCUCCCUCUCUCUCUCCCAGUCCUCCCUCUCUCUCUCUCUCU